AUGGGUUCGUCAUUGCAGGAGCAUCUGGUGUCAUCGCCGCUGCAGGGAUCGCACGGCAAUAAGUCAGUCGGCGACGAGGAGGAAGAAGAGGAGGAGGACUCCAGGAUCGGGAUCAAGGCGCAGGAGGACGACGCGCAGAUCGGCGAGCCCGGAGAAAUGGAGAAGCGGAGGCGAGAGCGGAGGCCGUCGCGCGGGAAAAUCCUCUUCAAGAACCUGGUGUCCGGGGUGAAGGACGCGCUGGUGGCACGGUCGUCGGGCCCCGGCAGUGAGGAGCCGUCACCCAAGACCGGGGAAAACAAGGGCGCCAAGUCGUCUUUGUAUCCGGACAGGCUCGCGGUGGACGAUCAGUUUACGCAUGCGCGGUCGCGGUCGAACUCGCGAUCACCGCGGCUGUCGCGGUCGCCGAGUCCGCGGCGGCGCAAAUCAGGGACCGAGAAACUGCUGGCGAUGGCCGGGAACGCGGCAGAAGCGCUUGGCUUUGACUUUCCGCGUGAGGCCGUCUCGGGCAUGAUGGCCCAAGCUGCCGGCGAGAGCGGCAAGGAUGGGAACAAGGCCAAGGCUAAGGGCGUGCUUGGCGCGGCGCUGACUGCCGGCGCCAGCGGUGCGUCGCUCGGCGACAAGGUCUCGACCUUUACCUCGUUCACUACGCAGAUGCUGGGCGAGAAGUCGAUGGAGUCGUGGCGGACGCACCGGCGCGAGGUGGCGGCCGUGGCUGCUACCCAUCGGACAGCGGUUGAGCUCGGCUUGACGGUCAUGGGUGGGCGUGUGCUCCGGGAGCCACAGGGUGUGCGGUUGCCGCGGCGGCGGCUGUACUUUGCGGCAGCUCACGCCGAGGGCACGCGGGCGCACAGCUCACUCGUUCAGAGUCUGAGCGAGAUCGGGACGCUCCCGCUUGCGCUCACCGACAUUUCGGCGGUUGUCCUUCUUGAGCUGCGGAUUGCGGCGGGCGAGAAGGAGGACGACGCGGUGCUUUUGGGUCACGCGUCGAUCCCGCUGCGGGCAGUGCUGGCGCGGCGGCUGCCGCAUGUCCGGCCCGUCUCGCGGCGGUCUGUCGAGUUUGAGCUUGCCCUCUUUCCGCCAGUGGGUGUCGGCGCGGUCCCGCCACGCCAGCCGCUCUCCUCGCUGCUGACCAAUCCGCCACUAGCAGCCAACGCCGACGCAUUUGCGGUGGUGGUCACGCUUCGGCUCGACUGGCGGUACACUGUGCCAGCACCAGCGGUGGCCAUGGUCUCGGAUCGAUGGGCGCACCCGCCGCGGCCGCUGGAAGACUUUGGCUACAUCCGGUCGAACGCGCGGCGAUUCGAGGCUAUGAUCCACCCGCCGGCGUGGAUGCGGCUGGUGUGCAGGGCGUUGCUAUGGGAGGCGCCAUUUGCGUCUCUUGCCGGGCUCGCGGUGUAUGUCUAUGCGGCGGGCUUUGCACCCGCCUUUGCGCUUCCGCUGCUCGGUUUUGGCGUCUUGCUCUUCCUCUCGCUCCACUCACUGUGGGAGGCGCGGAGCGGUGCGAGGGCAGGCGGGCCCGAGUCGAUCUUUGCGUCUCGGCAUGCGCCGUCGGGCCCGGACUCUGACGAUGAGUCGGAGAGCGACGACGAGGAUGCGGAUAAUGGCAAGAACAACACAUCGGGCGUGGGCGGGAGCGUUCUUGGAGCAAUGGGGGCGGUGUCGGGCAAGUCGCUGCAGGUGAUGGCCAAGGCCCGCAAACUGCUGGUCAAGGUCUCGUCUGCUCUUGAGCGGGCGACGAGCGCAUCGGAGCGGAUCCGCGCGUUCUUUGGCUGGGCUGACGCCUUGCUCUCAGCGUGGCUCUACAUCGGGCUCGGCAUCGUCGCUGUGGUGGCCUCGGCGCUUUUGUAUGUCUUCCCGCCGCGCCUUGUGGCCGCCACCGGCGGCGCUGCGGUCAUGGGCCUCACGCUCUUCCGGCGGAUUGCGCUCCUUGUUCGCGGCGUCAUCCGCGAGACCCGCCGGGUGCCUGCUGCUGGCGACGCCGACUCGCACUCGACGGUGCCCGAGCUGCGCUCACUCCCGGAGCGCUGGCUUCGCAAUGUAUUCUUCCGCGUCCCCGACGCCGUCGAGCUCCGCGAGAUUUCGCUCUUUGUUGAGCACCUCAAUGCCACGGUGGCUGACGCGCCAGUGGCCCAUGGUAAGCGCGACGUGUACGACCGAGUCCGGUCAGCUCUGGCAUCAGCUACCGAGACAGCCAGCUCGUUCAAGGUGGCCAUGCCUACGACGGCCACCACGACUUCUCCGUCGCUUACCUCUGCAAGUGCUGGAUCAAAGUCAUCGACUGAUGGCGUCGAUGUGGCAGAUGCUCUGCGGGCAGCUCGUGAUGAUCUGGCGGCUCCCUUUCGUCUGGCCGUCGUCGGCAACUUCAACACCGGCAAGUCGACUCUGGUCAAUGCUCUGUUGGGUGCUGAUCUGACGCCCGAAGGCGCAGAGGUUACCACUUCUGCUGUCCAUCGCAUCAACUACGGUUCAAAGGCAUCGGCUGUUGCCGAGGGUGAUGAGCCGGGCGCUCCCAUCCAUGUCUCGGCCGACGUCGCCUGGCUCCGCGAUCACGCCAUCGAGGUGAUCGACACCCCAGGCGUUGGCGCUGCUGCCGAGGGCCACGAGUUCCUCUCGCUCGACUCGCUGCCGCACUCGGACUUGCUGCUGUUGGUGACCAACACCACCAACGCGCUCUCGGGCGUCGCCGAGCACACUCUGCUCAAGGCGGUCGGCAACCAUCGGUCGGUGAUUGUCGUUCUCAACCGCAUCGACCAGACCAACUCUGAAGUCGAGCUGGAAGGCCUCCUCGCUCAGGCGAGCAAGAACGCAUCCAAGUACCUCGAGCCGGGCACCCUCUACCUGCCUGUCUCGGCCAAAAAGGCCAAGGACGCACGAGCGGCAAAGCCCGAGGCGCCCGAAGCGACGCAGGAGUGGGCCGACUCGCGGCUCGGCGCGCUUCGUGACCACCUCUCGCAAGUCCUCUCGUCUGACGUGCGCAAGUUCAUCAAGCUCCGUGCGCCGCUGCAGCUCGGCCUCGACGCGCUCAUCCAUCUCGACACCCGGGUCAACGACGCGCGCGGCAAGCUCGACGCGCUCGCCGUCCCGCUCACCGAGGCGACCGAGAGCUACGAUGUGGCGCUCGACCUCUUCAAGCGUGGCCUCAAGACCGAGCUCAAGCAGGCGGCUCCGAGCUUCAAGGCGCUUGGCCCCAAGCUGGCCGCGAAGCUGCCGUCGGCCUCGUCGGCGUUCUUCACCGGCGUGCCGGCCGACUUUGCACCGGGCAAGGCGCUGAGCGAGGCGCUGCCGCCGGUCCGCGAGACUCUCAACGCACUCACCCGCGACGUACAGAUCGAGCUCAACUCGGCGUCAGAGGUCCUCAGCUCCGCCAUCGACGACGCUGAAGCGUUUGUGGGCGGCGACGCGCCCGAAGCCAUCCGGGCCUCGGGCGCCGGCGCCUCGGAGCUCCGCACCGUCCGCCGCAGCCUCGACCGCAGCGGGCCGGUGGGCAACGCCAUCCCGCGGCGGGUGCUCGCCGACGAGCUCGACUCGCUCGCCGACGCUGCACUCUCCGACGACGGCCGCCAGCUCAAGGCCAUCGAUGUCGGGGCGCGGCUCAACUCGCUCCGCACCACGGUCCUGGCUUACGAGAUCGUUGCACUCGGUUCGGGCGCCGGUGCCUACGCCUUUGGCCCGGCGCUCGGCCUCGCGACGUCAGAGUCGCUAAUGGCGGUCGGUGCCGCGGGCAUCGCCGCCCUCGCCGGUGUCGGCAUUCUCAAUGUCGGCUGGUCGCGGAUCAAGGCCGAUCUCACCGCCGCCGCCACCGACUUCCAUGCCUCGCUCGAGCCUGCCCUCGCCGCCAGCCUCGAGUCCAAGGUCACGUCGGCGCUCCUCCCGCUUCGCGAGGCUAUUAUCAACACCAAGGACGUUCUCCGCUCUGAGCACGCCGGCCUUGACAACGCCCACAACGAUAUCCAGGCCCAGAUCACCAACCUGGAGGGACUCCAGGCCCAAGUCGAGUCGGUCUCCACCCCGGAUGCCCAAUAA